CACAGAGAGACAGCCUGUGCUGAAGCUGCUGCUUUGAACCACCUACAGAUCAUCAUGACAGUGCCUUCAGUGACGCUUAACACUGGAGCCAAGAUGCCUAUUGUGGGCCUGGGGACAUGGAAUGCUGAUCCAGGGAAGGUGGCAGAGGCUGUCAAAGUGGCUAUCUCUGCUGGCUACAAACAGAUUGAUGGCGCCUAUGUGUACCAGAACGAAGACGAAGUUGGAGCUGGCAUCCAUGCCAUGAUUGACCAAGGAGUGGUAAAAAGAGAGGAACUAUUCAUUGUCAGCAAGGGUCGCGAGGAUGCUGGAGCCUAUUCCAGCAGUCAUUGGGCGGCAGGUGGGGAGACAUCCUGGACAGGCCCAUUCAUUCCUAGGGACAGCUUAGUAUCGCCAAUUCACCUGACUUACAUGCUUUUGGACUGUGGGAGGAAACCGGAGCCCCAGAGGAAACCCACACAGACACAGGGAGAACAUGCAAACUCCACACAGAGGAUGACCCGGGAUGACCCACCAAGGAUGGACUACCCCGGGGCUCGAACCCAGGACUUUCUUGCUUUGUGGUCCACCUUCCACAUACCAUCUCUGGUCAGGGGAGCCUGUGAGAAGACACUGAGCGAUCUGAAACUGGACUACCUGGACCUCUACCUGAUACACUUCCCUAUGGGCUUCCAGCCAGGAGACAUGUUGUUCCCUCCUGAUGAGGAUGGUAAAGUCAUCCCUGAUGGCAGCAACUUCUUGGACACCUGGGAGGCUAUGGAGGAGCUAGUGGAUGCUGGGUUGGUCAAGGCCAUUGGCAUCUCUAACUUCAACAAGGAACAGAUCGAGGCCAUCCUGAACAAGCCAGGCCUCAAGUACAAGCCUGCCACCAACCAGAUUGAGUGCCACCCAUACCUGACCCAGGAGAAGCUCAUCAACUACUGCCACUCUCAGGGCAUUUCAGUGAUGGCCUACAGCCCCCUGGGCUCCCCUAACAGACCCUGGGCGACACCUGAUGAUCCAUCUUUGCUCGAAGAUCCCAAGAUAAAGGCCAUUGCUAAUAAAUACAAAAAGACGCCAGCACAGGUUCUUAUCCGGUUCCAUGUUCAGAGGAAUGUGGUUGUCAUUCCAAAGUCUGCAACACCCCAUCGGAUCAAGGAGAAUUUUGAGAUAUUUGACUUCGAACUGAGUCAAGAGGACAUGACGACCAUCAUGAGCUUCAACAGGAAUUGGAGGGGUUUCCCUAUGAAAUGGGGUACAAAGCACAAAGACUACCCACUGAAUGCCGAGUACUGAGAGGACAGUUUGUUGCACCGAGGACGGGGGCGGUCUGAGAUGUACCAACACUGUAACGCUGGGCUAAUGCUUCACCUGGCAAAAACGUUGCAAUAUAUUUCUACUUGAAUCGAAGAAAGUUGAAUCAGUUCAUCUGCAUACGUUUGGAUGAAAUGUAUCCGUCAAUAAACAUUGUAUCCAGAUGAACUGAUUCAACUUUCUUCGAUUUUCUUACCUGGAUUAUUGAGCACGCAUCAAGACAUUUCUACUUGAAGAAACAUUUUUAGUCAGUUUCUACUUGAAGAAACAUUUCUAGUCAGAGUUACAAUCCGUUUGCCAAGUAUGUUUGCACACUUAGGGACUUCGACUUGGGAGGGUUGCUCAUAUACGUAGCUCACUUGAAGAAUACCACAAAAUUCGAAAUUAGUAAGAAAAUUAGAUUCAUUCAUAUGGAAAAUAUAGGAUGACUUCAACAUACCCCACAAGAGAGCGGUGUUGAAGUCACUUUCUGUAGCCGUUUCUCGUCAAAGUACUGGUCUCCUACACACCUGUACUACGUUGUUGUGUGUUUUUUGAUAUUAGUUAACAAUAACUAAAAUGUACAAUGGGAAACUUAAGAAGUAGUGGGAUUCCUCUGUAUAUUGUGCACGUUGUUUCAAACAGAAGGUGAGUGAUUGUACUCAUGGUUAGACUAUGUAUGCAACAGCAUGUGUAAGAACAAUGUUGCAAAAAGACCAACUUGUCAAUUUAACAAUUUCCUUAUAUUGUUGUUGGUUACAAUUGAUUGUUGCUGCAAAAUAAAUAUAGUACUGCAAUUGAUAUACAAUAUCUUAAAUUCUGCGUGCUUCUUAAUUCUAUGACAUAACCAAUGCAUAUCCAAUUGGCCGAGAUUAUCAACGCUUGUCACUGGAAUUACGUUACACAAGUGUAUAAUCUGUGACUGUAAACUGUUGAGUUCAAUGCAAAGAUCUUGUUACUCUGACUUGGUGAUUUUGAUUGGAUGCACGUUGUUUACAAAACAAACUUGUAUGUCAAGUCAGAUCCACUGAUAAUGUGGCUGUAUGAAAAUGUCAUGGAAGCUGAUCAAAAACAAGUAAAAAUGCAAUUGGUUUCGAAUAACAUGCAUUAUUAUAAUGACACUUUCAUCACAACAAAAAGUAUCUGCACUGGAGACCAUGACAACUCCUUGUUUCAAAUGAAACCAAAGUGAAAGUGUCUUGAGAUUAACUAUGCAAACACUUUUUUCUUCAUCAUAAAAGUCAUAAUGGAAAAAAAACAAACUUCGUCAAACCUUAAUUUGAUAUUCUUAUUAUUGACACUCAUUUUAUGAGCUAUUAUGAAAGACUUUAGUUGAUGAAUACUGUUCAAGUAGGACACCGACUUCCACUUCUGGUGUGGGAAGAUGGCGGCGCGAAUUCACAUUUGCGGCGGCCUCACCCAGUACCGUCAAUGCAAUGUCUUUGUCCACGUCUGCAUCCAAGUUUUGUCUUUGUUUGAUGGCUGGGAGAGCUAGUGCUGGA